UGAACGAAAAUACCUUUCAUUCACGUCCAUAAUUUUUUGCAUUUCGCGACUCGCGUAUUGCAUCUUUUUGCUAUACGAAACUGCAUUCAAUUUAUUUCCCUCGAGAACGUUAAAAUAGUGUUACCGCUGCACAGAAUUUAUUAUUAUGUAAUUUAUUUUGUAUUGUGCCUACAUAUUUCUUUGUGUCAACAACGAAUUCGUAAAGUACAGUGGAUGUGAAGUGUUUCCUGUAUUGAAAUGCGAAAGUUAUAUCAUUUUCUAAUCAUAAUGUUUUGUUGAUAAAGUGCGUUAUAAUCUUUCAAAAUGAUGCAGUCAAAUACAGAAGGAUGUAUGAAUAUCGCUGAAUUGGCAAAUCAAUUACGUCGAGAGAAAAUCUUUAUAAACUCGGAGAGGCAACUGUUACAAAAUCUCAAUGAAGAACUGGAAAAAAGUGCUUUAGAGUUGUUGCAACAGUCUUGGAUUUGUUCACAACAGCGACAAAAUCUCACGAACUUGAUAACUUCAAGAUGUGAGGCUGAUUCCAUUGCUGCUUGCCAAAGGGCCAGCCUUUUGGAGAACACCACUUUUAUUGAUGUUUACAAGGUCUUGAAGUACAAAGAAGCGAAUGCUCUAGGCGAGCUGCUGGGAUGGCUAAAAGACAUGCCACACCUAAUGGCGCUCUGCCUCUUGCUGGGCGAGGACCACAUGCCGCCAUCCCUACCGUCUGCUCUUGUCGCUGGGUUGUAUGGAAGCUGUCGAUCACCAUUGGACAGGACUCGCCUGUUGGCUGUUAUCCGUUCUUUGAUCAAACACCAGAUGGCGCCGUCGAGUGAUCCUAGAAAAUUGUUCCGCACUAACAAAUGUGCGCUAUCGUCGCUCUACAGUGUAUACCGGGAUGGUCACUCACCAGCGAGACAGUUCCUCGUGGCGGCUCUCCAGGGCCCCGUCAUGGCGGUGCUACAUGAAGAUGAGUUCUUCCUUGACGCUGAUCCCGAUAAGGCUAUGGAAAGAUUUUCACCAUCGGACCGUCUCAAGAAGUUCGGUCAGCCAAACAGCACAGAAUACACGGCCAAAGUGGCGAGAUACCGCAAGUGGACAGUACAAUCCCUCUACAAUCUUACCAGCAAGUUCAUAGCCUCACUGAGGGAGUACUGGCCAAACUUCCCGGCCACUAUCGCGUGGAUAGUUCAGCAGAUUGUGCAUCUCUUGAAACAGCAUUCCAGGAUAACGGAACGAGAGCUACACGCUAUAUGCACGGACCUGGUCUUCAAUCACUUCAUAUGCCCCGCCAUUGUGAACCCAGAAGCACAUGGUGUGGUCGAUAUACCGGUGUCGUAUAUAGCCCGGUUCAACCUCAUACAGAUCGCGCAGAUCAUUCAGAUGCUGUGCUUGGCGAGAUAUCAAGAGGUGGAGCCGAAAGUGCGUGACCUGUACACGAAAUUCGAGCGAUCUUGCGUGUGGUCACUAGUGGAAGCAGUGACCAGUCCCACCUGUGGGCCCGCGCCCCCCGCCCCGCCCGCGCCCGACGCCCCGCUCCGUACCGACGCACCUACAAGGUCUCCACUAGCACUAUACACGUAUAAGGAUGUACACACAUUGAUUUCGUUUUUGCGAAGAAUCUCCUCUAAACUCAACAACAACGCAUCAAACGGUCUAGCUCAAGAGACCAACGGAAGCGCCUCCUCGAAUGAAGUCGCCAAUUUUGGCGACAGCACGUCCUCCUCCAGUCUAGAAGCCUCCGAUGCUGACGGGGACCGGAGCCCCACGGACGGGGGCGAAGGCGCUGCACGACUCGCGGCGCGCCUGCACACGCUAGAGCCCAACUAUCGCGCGAGAUUGCAUGAUUUACUAAGGCAAUUGGCGCACUUGCCGGCUACUAGACCGACACCAGAGACCAAAGACACCAAAGAGCCGGAGAGCAGCAAGCGCAGCAUCCUCAGCAAAGUGCCCAAGCCCCGGGUGCCCAGGAACGAGGACAAGGAGGGCAGUACCCUGGAACCACCCGAAGUGAUGAUGAUCAAGCUGGCCAAUGUGGACGAACAGGAUUACGUAGGUCUAGUACCCGAAUCGAAAGUUCUAGAAUGUUACUACGGCGGUAGCGAGGCGGGUGAUACGGAAGACGCGGCCGCACUACCGCCCGGACCUACUACGCCUGUGCAGAAACGUACUAGGUUCUCAGUAUCCCACGACGAGGUAUCUCUCGGCAAUACAUCAGAUAAUCUCGAAGCUGUCUCCGAAGCGGCUUCCAACCAUAGUGUCACUUCCAGCCUUGAGUUGGAGACGGAGGACCAGAAUGACAAUUUGUCUGAUAUGGUGUCAGCCAACGUUAGUGGCAGAGGCAGUCCCAAUAUAUCUGGGAGGGAGACUCCUUCGUCACAGGUGACCGAUGGAGAUACGGCGGGUGAUCAACCGGCUAGGCGUGCACCUCAAAACGCGCCUGUGAACCAAACGUCAAUCGCCAACCAAGCUAAGCUCUUGAAGCAAACGCGCAACGAAAUUGAAGACAAGUUCUGUAAAUUCGAAAUUAAGAAGCUUCUAGAAGGCGACGAAACAAUCAGCAUAAUGUCGGACACGUGGAGCACGGAUGUGCUAGCGUCCGACUCGGAGACUAUCGGCGAUACGUGUGAUCACGGACAGAAUGCUAAUAAUCAAGGUUCAACGGGCAAUAACACAAAUGUGCCGGACGUCUCAGAGACAGCGAGCGAGUCCGCGUGGAGCGUCGAUGUGCUGGCGUCCGAUAGCGAUCGGAACACUGAGGUGGACACAGACGACUGCGUGUCGGUAGCGGCCCGGUCGGACACGUCGUGGCCGCGCCGUCCCUCCGCGCACGACGACUGCAUACUGCGGCCGCAGAACGGCACCGCAAAGAGACCAGACAUGAACAGUCCUCGGCACACACCUAGAGCCAAUAUACCUGGACGAUCGGGCUACCUAACGGCGACCGCGGCUUUGUCUCGCGGCAGUGAACUUGAUCUUGCGUCGCAACCGCCGCAUGCGCACUACUCCAUAGAGAAUAGGAAGAGCAUACUUGUCAAUGGGUAUCCGGUAAUGACAUGCUACGCUACAUCAGCUCCUGAGAGCCCGAGCACUGCGCCCGCGCAACUCACCGCAGAUGUUUUCGACUACCCGCAAAAUAACAACAACCCCCCACAAGAGAACCAAGCGGAAGAAGCAGAGAACCAGCACACCACAGGCUCAGACGCCACCAGCCAAUGGGUCACAGACAGCUUUCCAAGAUUGGAUGGGUUCAGCACCAAGUACAAUAUGCCCUCCACCUCCAAGGGCUACGAGGAGAACGAUCCUAUGGACAGAUCGCUAAACUCAAGCGAGAGUUCGUUCAACGCUCUCUCGGUAUCUCAGUACGGGCGGUUCGACGGCGACACAGAGAGGAACGAUGAGCCGCGAGUGAACGAGCUGAUUGCAAGAAUGAACUGUGCGACCGUCUCUAGGAACAAGAGCGAGAUGCGGACUAGUGUUGUGAACAUAAGCUCAUCGCGCAUAGAGCGACGCCGGGACACACGCGACCAGACCACAAGCAACAUAUCUCUCAGCACGUUGUCAGUGAACAGCGAAACGUCAGUAUCAGCGGCCAGUUCUAGCCAAGAUGUGAACUCGGAGAAUGUCACUGAGAGACGAGUCAGUCCUCCGCCGGUUAAAUUGAGUACGGGCGCUAUACCGAAGAGCAUUAGCUUCGAUGCUACCGCUGAAAAGACGCAGAGAAGACGCAUAGUAGGAGAAGAGAUAGUCGGCAACUUGGACGAGCUCAAGAGCAACGUGAAGCGAUCUGGCGGCAACUUGCUGCACAAGAUUAAGAUGUUCCGGCAGAAGGGACGAUCUCAUCAUAGCGAGGUGAAAGUGACAGAGGAAGAUGUUCGCAGUGAAGAUAGGAGCACGGAAGGCGGUGAGAGCUCUGAGGAGAUUUUGGCCAAAUAUCGCCGACACGCCGACACGAAACAGCGGCGGGUGGCUCGCCGACCGUCCGAUGUGGCCGACAGUGAACUUGAUAGGAACGAGGGUGUAGUCGACUUGAACGACCCAGAAGUGUUCAACAGCAUGAAGCGGCGACUCCGCACCGUGCUGUCCAACACUGACUUCCAUUGCGUCGAAUAUGUGCCUAAUCGUUGCACUAGCACAUCCCUAGCGGACUGGGUGCGGGCCGGGCAGUGCGCAGAGGCAGCGGCAACAGCACGUGCGCUAUCCGCGGCCGGGGCACGGGCAACCCGCCUAGCGGCCGCGUUACGGGCAGAUCUGGCCGCUCGCCGCCCGUACGCGGCGUACUUGGCGUCGUGCAGAGCGGCACUUGCGCACGCGCAUCACGAUCUGCGCAGUCAGAUCAAGCUGGUCCGCAGUGAAGUGUCCGAGUGUAGUCGGUGCGCAGGCGCAGCUCGUGUGUUAGAGCAGCUCGAGCGCGGGGCCCCGCUGCGCAGGCUGGCAAGGAAUCAUGCUGCACGGGCGCACCAUGCUGUUAACGGUGGAGAGCUGAUGGAUGAAAAAGCAACACGACUUACGGCCAGUAUAAAGGCGAUCACUGCGGAAGUUAAGGCCGAUCCAUCUUGGGAAGGUGCGACACCAACAGUGAUCGAAAGUGUCGAAGUGACGGUGGAGAGAGCGGUGUUCGCGCGACUGUACCUGCAAGUGCUGUUCCCGAACGGAGAUGGCGAUAUUGCUAGAGAUCAGGUGUUGAGCGAGCACAUGCGUCGUCUGGCGGCAUGUACGAGCGCGCGAAGUGCCGGUGUUGCGGCUCGCCACGUGUGGGCGGCGCCCUUCCCGCACGCGCAGGCGCUGCUGCGGCACCUGCCCGUGUACCGCACGCCGAGGGACAAGGUGGCAUGCAUAAUGCGUGUGGUAUCGUCGCUUAUGUCAGUGCUGUCGCUGACGGACGGCUCACCGCCCGCCGCUGAUGAUCUGACACCCGUGCUAGUGCUCGUUAUAUUAAAGGUGAACCCACCGUCACUGCUUUCUACCAUCGAGCUGGUGAACGCAUUGGGUGGUAGCGUGUUAGUUGGAGAAGCUCUGUACUGGUGGACUCAGUUCUGUGCCGCGGUCGCGUACAUCAAGACCAUGGACUACGCGCCAGACACGUAGCCCCCGCCGGCGCUGCUCACCAAGUCAGCGCGCCCAAAAUUCUUCCAAUUGGAUGGUGUCUCGAUGCGUGAGCGCCGCAACACGGUAUAAUCAAUUAUUGUUUUUAAAUGUUGGAAAAUAUUAUACCGCGGUUUUGUAUAAAUGUGUAAAGAAAUCGAUUUAUGGAGCUUAAUAACUGCAAGUAGUAAUGUUAAGUGUAAAGAUGGAAAAACAAUGUUAUCAACAAUGUAACUUAUAUAUAUUUAAGUAUUUUUUUAGUAGGAAAAGUACAACCAUGUUUGAUCUUUAAGAAUGUAUUAGAAAAAUAAAAAACAAUUCUUUUUGUGUCAAUGUCAAUGUGACAUUUCACGCAUAUACACGCAUGUGUCUAGGCUCUUUAGAUCCAUCAACAUGUUUUAUUAAAAAAAAGAACAAAAAAUGAUAGGUAUCGUUCAAAAAUGGUUACCAUUUAUUAUUUUAAAAGUAGGUAAACUUUCACUACGGUUUUUUGUACAUGUUCUAAAGUGCAGCUUCUAUAACAAUGAUAAUUUAAUUUAGUCAAAAUGUGUUGGAUAUUCUAAAUUUUUCUAUUCGUUUAUUAACAUUAACCGUAAAACAAUAACCGCAUUUUGAAAAAUCGUUCGAAUUAGCGCAAAAUGUUCCGUAUCCUUUAUGAUAUUAUUUAUGAAUCCCUUGCAUAAUAAGGUACUAUUACCGUUAAAUAUUCACUCCUUUAAAUAUGUAUAAUAUAUAAUAAAUAAAACAAUUAGAGUGGACGAGUAUUAAAUACAGUCUUGUCGCUUAAAUUACUUGGAUUAGUGUAGAAAAAAUAAUUAUUCUGUAGAUGUUCGCAAUUAUCUAUAAAUCUUUAAACUGACGUAUAUAAUCUGUGAUGAAACGUUUUAAAUGCUCGAAGGUUAUGUAUUUUUGGAUGUUUUGAUGGUGGAUGAUUCUUUGGUAAGGUUGUAAAAAAACACAUGAAUUUGAAAAUCCCGGAAUUGUUUUAGUACGGGCUCUUGCUAUUUUCUAUUAAAGUAUUGAAUAAAAGAUAUAAAACUGUCGCAUGAUAAAAUAUAAAUUACGAAAAAAAAAACGAGAUU